AACCCACUUUCCUGUUUAUUAACUUCAAACAAUCGUUUCAAAUAUUUAUUUUCAGUUUCAGUUUGUUCCUCAACCAAUUCGUAACUAGUUUCCGUAUAUACACAGUUGUUUUUACCUUACCAGGUGGUUAGCAACCGUACUCUAACAAUGAAUUGUCUUGAAAAGAAGGAUGAGUUCCUGCCGCCCUGCACGACCACUAUAAAUCUCAAUCCGGGAUCAGGGGAAUGUCCGGCUCCGAUAAUCUGUCCCCUGCCCGAGGAGCCUCGCUCGCACCGGUUGAAGAAGCCACCUCAGCCGGCGCUUGUGGCUCUCAUUCCACACCCCGAUGAGGCCGCCCAGGCGCACAUAGUUCAGAAUAUAACUGGUCCCGCCCAAGACCACCAAAAACUGCAGGCCGACCUUCAGGCUGGCGUGGAUCACCAACAACAACAGCUGGCCGAUAUGCGUGCCGUGCAGUACAAACAGUCGCAGGAGCCCCGCCAGAUGGAGGAGGUACAGUUCUCUCGCUCUAUGGAUCCCAAUGCGGACAAUCUGCACAACCCACCUUGCUACAUGCCCCAACAGGGCGACGAUCUGCCGCACAAGGAUCAGCUCAUGCCCAUGGGACCCAUUGGACCCUGGGCGUCGGGCAAGGUGGACUGGAGCCCCAUGGCGGGUAUCACAGGAACCCGGCCUGUAGUGGAUCGCUACUCCAUCACUCGGUACAGUCCAAAUGAAUGGCGCGCUAGGAACCAUGAGACGGUUCAGAUGGUCAACGGAGCCACGGGCAGGGCUGAUAGAAACCGAUUCAGCGCAGCCACUGAAUUCCUUCGCCUAUCCGCCUUAGUGACCAAAUCGCAGGACGAGACCACCGACAAGUUGCGGACGCGUUCGCAGUUGAUUGGAAAAUGGAAGAAUACUCUGGAGAAUGCCAUUAAGGCCAUGGCCGACGAGAUCGCCACUAUGGAGGUGGAGCGGAUCAAGCUGCGCAAGUCGAUGGUUGUCCUCGGGGUCCCUGAGUCUAUUGUAAAGGAGUGCAUUGAUAAGCGGGCCUCCCGUCCAGACACCGAACUGGUGCGCGACCAUGUGGAAGAGGAGCUGGUUAACGAGUUGGCCUUGAUUGCCGAAAUCCGCCGGCUGUUAAUGAAGACCCUCGAGGACUUCCAGACGCAGCAGGUAGAAAACCGGACUGCACGCCAGCGUCUGGAAUACGACUGGAGUGACAAAAAGGAGGCCUACGAGAUCGACACCCUCAACACCGGUCUGAACAACAGUUCUCGGACGAUCAUGUUCCGCCCGGGAGCAGUACGCCAGCCCCCGGAGCAGGCCUCCGAGAAGUACUGGGAGCACUUCAGUAUGGAGACCCUUGACGAGUGCGAGAAGUGCCGAGCCAAGUCGGUGGCUUUGCGCAACACCCUCAACUCAAUUAUGAUGAAUGCCGCCAGGGACAUCCGCACCCAGGCGGACAUUGUGGAGAAGGCCUUGACCUCCAGGAUCAACUGUACGCAGGAGGCUGUGCAGCGCUUCGAAAAUGACUUGCGCAACGUCCUGCAGGAGCUGGCGGACGUGGAGAACCGUAUCGUGAAUAUGCAGCGCCGCAUCGAUUCGUUCGAUGCCUCUAUGAAAGUGGCCCAAACCCGGAUGGACAACCGCAGCUACCGGCCUAAUGUGGAGAACUGCCGCGACUUGGCUCAGCAGGCGCUCAUUGACGGCGUGCACACCAUCCAGAGCAGUGUCUCGGCCAUGCUGCACGAGAUGGAGGAGGCGGAACGGGUCAAGAUCGACCUGGUCAGUUCCCGCAGCAAGCUCGAGCGGGAGAUCAUGCUGAAGCGGCGCACCCUCUUCAUCGACCGCGAGCGGUGUAUGCUCCUUCGAUCCCAUUAUCCUUCGGCCAAUACUCUCAGCGGAGCCGGUCAGUGAUAAGAGCUA